GUCUCUGUGCGUGCCUUGGUCUUUGUUGGUUGGUUGUCUUAUUAUGUGGUCGUCUCACCACCCUGUCGUUGUGUCUCCUCCCUCAUUCCCUCAACCGAUCAAGGACGAACCUUUUGGCAAGGUGUUGGAUGUUUAAGCACGAGAACCAGGAGCUGGAGCAUCAGCAUGUGCGAGGGACACAUCACCCAAAUGGAGGCUGACCAGAAGCUGUGCUCGAGAACAGCCAGGAUGCACUUUUCUCAGGAGUUUCUUGAAAUAAGGACUGGGAGCAGUAACACAGACCAGCAUUAUGUACCAACCUCUGCUGGCACCAAAAGAAACCUGGAAUCCCUUUGAGGAUGUGAACCAGCUCAGUGAUGCCCAUGAGACACUGGACUCGUCCACUGGUGGUGAGACCUCACAGCAUUCAGAAGGAAAUACCUCCAUCUAAUGGUCAGACCAUUCAAUUCAAAGGAAGAAUCACGAGGGGAGGGGGAAAAAAUUACAUCUUCCCCACAUCUCUCGAGGAUACAGCAUCAGAGCAAGAAACGCUGCAUCCCUCCAUCCAGCAGGCAGUAAGGAGGGGGAGUUAAAGUGACACAGCUAUAUUCUGUGGAAGUAAAGCAGAGCAGCUCACAAGGGGGAUAUCUUUUUAUAGACAAGACUCAUUGAGGGUCAGAAUCUCUCCAGUCCUCCUUAACCUCUGAGGAGACUGGUGUGACUCUUCUUUUGUGGAUAUUGAUUUCGCUUUGAUAAUCUCCAGCUCACUGAAAAGGGGUUAGACCGGAAGCUUUGUUUGUUGGCUUUUCACUGUACUGGUUUGUGAGGCACAGAUGGACAAGCAGCUGAUGCAGGAGGCAGCUCCCUGCACAGCUCACUCUGCAAGCGAGAACCUGAAGGCAUCUUGAAAUAGAAAUUCAAAAGGAGGAGGAAGAGCAGCAGCAGGAGGAGGAGGAGGAGAGAGAUAGAGGCAGGAGGGGUUUUGAGUGAGAGCAUUGGUAUGCCAGGCUCAAUACCUAGCAUGGCUGUGCAGAAGAAACAGAGUGGCAUCCCUCCAUCGCAGGGACCACUGUCUACACGUACCAUCGAGAGCCAGAGGAAGGGGAAUGGAUUUGAGAGGACGGGAGAGAAUGGCUCUUAUAUCAGACCAAAUUCUCUGCCAAAGAAAGCAGCUCUGUCUGUCAACAAGUCGCCGCAAAUCCUCAACACCUUAGCUGCGCGGGCCGCUGCAGCGGCUAAUGGACUGAAUGUUGAUGAGAGGCUCAAAGCAGCACGAGAAAGAAGAGAGGAGCAGGAGAAGUUACUCGCCUCUCGGGAGCUGAGCAGGUUGGAGCGGGAGCAGCGGGCCCGGCGAUACCAUCAACAGCAAGUGGAGGAACGCAACAAAAAGAUCCUGGAACAGAGGCACAGAGAGGAGAGGAGGCGCGCUGCUGUGGAGGAGAAGCGCAGGCAGAGGCUGCAGGAGGAGAAAGAGCGAUAUGAAUCUGCAGUGCGCAAGACGCUGCAGAAGAGCCAACGGGCCCAACAGAAUUUCAGCCAAAACCCAAGGGGGAGGAAGCUGACCAAGAAUGUUCCACACCGCUUACCCCUGACACCAUGGGAGAAGAACUUGGUCAGUCGCCUCCUUACCCCCACUUGCUCUUAUCUGGCCAGGAGCAAGAGUGCUGGUUGUCAGUCAGGAGAAGAAGUUGUCCAUGUUUGUCGCCGUGCAGUUUCAUUCCACUCCAUGAACACCACCACCACCACCACCUUCUCCACUCCUCUCAAACCCCAGCACCACUCUGGUUCACUCCAAAAGAGGCCAUCUGCCUCCCCAAGUCCCAACAACAGAAGCUUCCAUCUGGCACAGAAUAAAAAUGUAAAACAGCAAGAGGCCAUUAAGACGCCAGUGAGUAAGAAGAAAUCAAGCAUUGGCUCAAAUAUCAGAUCCGUCAACACCAAUGUGAAACCAGCCACAGUGACAGAAAGCAGAAAAGCCUCACCCUCACCAGAUCGGACUCCUCCAAGAUCAGUCAGCAGACACUCAACUCCGCUGCAGAUCGAGCUCCCAUCAGUCCCCGAGGAGGAUGCUGCUGUUUGCCGCUCUGUCCUCGCUCCUGGUAACUCGAGGCCUGUCAGGACAUCAUCUGGAGGUCGCAAGGAGAAAACGAGGAGUCAAACACCAGCACCAGUGACUCCCCGUCUGAACCUGCCCAGCAAAGCUCCUACAACCACACCAGUGAGAGAAAGAAGUCCUUCCCAUAGGCCUCCUCAUCCAUCCCCCCAGCCUCCUGAAGUCAUGAGCAGGCCCUCAGCUGGAACCACAGACCCAGAGGCCGCCUCACGUCUCCUGGCUGAAAAGAGGAGAGAGGCCAGGCUACAGCGGGAGAGAGAGGAGCAGGAGCGUCUGCAGAGAGAGGAGGCGAGAGAGGAGGCAGAAAGGCGCAGUCGUGAAGAAGCGGAGCACAGGAGGGCAGAGGAGCGAGCACAACAGCAGGCUGAAGCUCAGCGUCUGAUAGAGGAGAAGAGGAGGAGGGAGGAGGAAGAGCAGAGACGAGCCGAGGAGGAGAGAGCUCAGGCCAUGAGGGAAGCUGCCCUCCUGCAGAAACAGAGAGAGGAGGAGGAAGCCAGGGAGAGGGCGAAGGCAGAGAAGCUGAAACAAGAGCGAGAGAUGCUCGCACAAAAAGAAGAGGCAGACCGUCAAGAUAGAAAAAAGCGACUUGAGGAGAUCAUGCGGAGAACCAGAAGGACAGAUUCUCCAGAUACGAGGUCCUCACCAGUCAGGCUCUUACCAACUGCAGCCAAACCAAAGGAAAACACAGAGCCUGUGCACAAUGGCACCAUAGAACAUGUCGUGAAGUUGCCAGUGGGCACCAAGUCUGCACAGCUGGAGCUAAACAACGAGGAGGAGGUGGUACCUGUUGUGGCCUUCAAAGAACGCAGGUCUCUCCGAACGCUCACAGGCCUGGAGGAAAUCCAGACCCACCAACGAGCAGAGGUCAUCUGAGCGUCCGCAAAGUGGCCAGAAGUUCAAACACUUUGUUGGAGAAGCUGCGUUCUCUCUGUGAAAGAUAGGAUUUCCUGCAAUACAGCACCUUGAACGAGCAUGUAAAACUGCCUCAUUGAGGUCAUCAGCAUUUGGUCACUUUUCUGCGUGUACCCAGUGGCACAAUUGUUGGACGAGUUAGAUAAGAAUUUAUUUAGUGCAGCAGGUUUCUGAACUAAUAAAUAUCUGACAAGUAGAAGUAGAAAGCGGUGAUGAUAGGUUGCUGGCAAAUGCAGUUAGUCAGUUAUGGAAAGUGUUGCCUCUGUGAAAUAAUAGGAUUAGCCACUUUAACAAUCACAACAUAUGUUAGCCAUAUGCUAUCUGCUUAUUCCUGAUAUUUCUUGCACUUUUCCUUCCUCGGUUUCGUCGCUGUGGAAUUAGAAUAGCUUGAGGCACUGUUUAUGCUAAGAACACAAGAGUUAGGAGUGUUAGUGAAAGUUCCUUUCCUGCAUAAAUUCCUAUCUUAUUGAUUUUGUGAAGAUAUAGCAAUUGCAUAUUUCAAAGCUGCUACGGACUUAGUCUCCAGAGACAUUGCUUCAGUUUUGUGAGUGAUGUUUUAGUUGAUACGAUGCACAAAGCGUUUAUUGCACUGACAGUUGCUAUGUUUAAUAUCUUGCAAAUCACUUUACGAAGCAAAGUUUGAGAUCUAAAGGUUAAGUGAGUGAGUUUAUGAUAAAAGCAUAUAAAAACGAAUAUAUCUGAUC